AUGAACUAUUAAUUUGAUGGUAGUUAAACCAAAAAAAAAUAUGCCAUAAUAACACCUGCUGUUAGAAUGGCAUUUAUAGAAAGAGUUCAAUCCAAAAAGUCAACUAUCAAGUAAGCAGCUCAAGAAUUUGGAAUUAAGUUUAGCACAUCUAAGGCUAUAUUGUAGACCUACAAAAGAGAAGGAAGAGUUGGAAAGAAAAAGACUAGGUCUAGACAAAAGACUUUUAAACUUGAUUCCAAAAAUGAAAAUAAAGAUGAGAAAUUCUAAGACUAACGUAGUAUUGAUUUCAUUGAUUAAAAAUCUCAAUAAAACCCUUAGCCUAUUCAUCUAAAACAGAUGACUCUCCAAUAGGAACAAGCCUAAUAAUUUCAAAUAUUUUAAUUAAGUCUAUAGAUGAACCCAUAUUUAUUUCUACAUUAGUAAUUUUUAUCAAUUACAUUAGAAACUUAUACUUACAAUAAAAUCAUUUACAAAUUCCUAAUCCAUAACCGAUGAAUUAUUACUGGCAAUUAAAUAACCUUAGAAUAUAGACUCUACCAUAAUCAUCUGAAAAGAUACUAGACUCUAGAUAAUGGUUAACUCCAAUUCAAUCUACUAAAUUGUUGGAUUCAAAAUUUAAUGAAAUAGGACCCACAUUAAAGGACUUUAAUUGA